AUGACUCCUGUCUAUUUCUUCUCUCUCAGACAUUCAAGGUCCCUGAAACCCAAGAUCCUGACCUGCCUUCUAGCGGGUUUGAGUUUCUCGGUCCUGCAUCACUGGUUCCUCGGAGACCUCGGGUUUCAACAGAAGCAGAGGUCGGAUGGGUCCCUGCAGGUGACCCACGUGGCCCCUGCUGCCAGGUCGCCGUCCAGCCCAGGGCCUCCGUGCGUGGCCAACGCCUCAGCGAACGCCACGGCAGACUUCGAGAAGCUGCCUGCGCGCAUCCAAGACUUCCUGCGGUACCGCCACUGCCGCCACUUCCCGCUGCUCUGGGACGCGCCGGCCAAGUGUAGGGGCAGCCGCGGGCCCUUCCUGCUGCUGGCCGUGAAGUCGGCGCCGGCCAACUUCGAGCGGCGCGAGCUCAUCCGCCGCACGUGGGGGCAGGAGCGCAGCUACAGCGGGCGGCCGGUGCGCCGCCUCUUCCUGCUGGGCACCCCCGCACCCGAGGACGCGGAGCGCGCAGAGCAGCUGGCGGAGCUGGCCGCGCUGGAGGCGCGCGAGCACGGCGACGUGCUGCAGUGGGCCUUCACUGACACCUUCCUCAACCUCACGCUCAAGCACGUGCACCUGCUCGACUGGCUGGAGGCCCGCUGCCCACACGCGAGCUUCCUUCUCAGCGGCGACGACGACGUCUUCGUGCACACGGCCAACGUGCUCCGCUUCCUGGAGGCAAAGUCGCCCGACCGCCAUCUCUUCGCCGGGCAGCUCAUGAGCGGCUCCUUGCCCAUCCGCGAGAGCUGGAGCAAGUACUUCGUGCCCCCACAGCUCUUCUCCGGGUCGGUCUACCCGGUGUACUGCAGCGGCGGCGGCUUCCUCCUGUCCCGCCACACGGUCCAGGCCCUGCGCCAGGCCGCCCGCCACAUCCCGCUCUUCCCCAUCGACGACGCCUUCAUGGGCAUGUGUCUGGAGCGAGUCGGCCUGAAGCCCAGCGGCCACGAGGGCAUCCGGCCUUUUGGCGUGCAGCUGCCCGGCGCGCGGCAGCCCUCCUUCGACCCCUGCAUGUACCGCGAGCUGCUGCUGGUGCACCGGUUCGCGCCCUAUGAGAUGCUGCUCAUGUGGAAGGCGCUGCACAACCCAGGGCUGAGCUGUCACCGGGGCCACAGGGUCUCUUGA